AUGGUCAGUCUAUCAAGACAUCUUAGUGGCUGGGAAAAUUCGACUUUUGGCAAUGUGAAGAGAGGGCUAAAAGGGAUGAAGGAGCUAGAACGGCUCCGAUCGGAUCCACUAAGAAUGGGCCCGUCCUAUGAAAAAAUCAAGAUUGUGGACAGAUUAGUGGAGUUAAAUCACCGUGAAGAAAUUAUGUGGAAGCAGAGAUCCCGCAUUAACCGGCUUGCCGAGGGUGACAAAAAUACUCGCUUCUUCCACAUACAGGCAACUCAGCGAAGGAGGAGAAAUAAGAUCUCUAGACUGAAACUUGGAGAUGGUAGUUUUACUGAAGAUGAGGAGGUAAUGGUGUCCAUGACGAUGGAUUUUUACAAGACUCUGUACACGGCAGAAGGGACAGCAGACACUGAUGAACUCCUUCAUACGGUGCUGACCAAGGUGACAGGGGCGAUGAACAACAUGUUGUUGAAACCGAUUAGCUCUGAGGAGGUGAAGAACACGUUGUUUCAAAUGUUCCCAACUAAAGCUCUGGGCCCGGAUGGAUUCCUAGCACACUUUUUCCAGAGACAUUGGGAUCUCUGUGGAGAGGAGGUCACUGCAGUGGUUCUGCGUGUCCUGAGGGGAGAUGAUGAUCUAGCAAGGAUUAAUAAUACGAAUAUUGUCCUUAUCCCUAAAGUGGAGAAACCGGAAGAGCUAGGACAAUUUUAG